UAAAAAAUAAAAAAUAUAUAUUUUUUAAAUCCUAAAAACAUAUAAAAUAAUUAUAAAACAAUUAUGCAUGAAGAAAAACAUAAUAUACUAACUCUUUUAAUUAAAAUAGUAAUACAAGCCAUAUUUCAGGCGUCAAUUGCAGUAAAAUAUUAGCCUGGCUAACGCCUCCCACUGCUCAAAUGAGACGUGGUCUGGCAACCAGACGUUCAUUUUCUCGUAUUUGAAAAAAUGCCCAGAUCCGUUCAUUGGGCGCCACGGAUGUCUAUCAAAUGCGCAUAGCUCACCCAACUCGUUCGUAUGCAACGCUAAGGGCUGCCGUAAAUCCUUUGGCGUCGAAUGUAGACGCAAGAGGGCAACGGAAACUUCUCGGAUGUUCUGUGAUUGGUUCGCCAACAUCAGGCGAACAUUGGGGCGUUAGUUUCCAGACUGGCUUAGCAGCGGGAUUGAAAUCACCGCGCAAGGCAGUAUGGGAAAACCCAGGCUAGUAAAAUAUCUAAAUCGGGGGGGAAAUGGUAAGAAACUGGGGAAAAAAAUGGAGACAUAUUUUUUCUCGAAGUUCAAUGACCCUAGAACACAUUUCAAACAGUCUCCAAAAAUUAACAUUGAAAUCCCACAGAAAUACAUAGGCUCUCACACUAUUAACGGUGAUGUCAUCCUCGCAUAUGGUCUUCUCAAGCACAAAGAAGGGUGGAAUAUAACUUAUUACAGCUUAAAUCACAUCUACACUCCUCAAGCUUUCCAUGUUUCAAACAUUAUAGCAUAUUACAUUAUAGUCUAUAAGGCCUAAAGAAAACUCAUUUAUAAUGGAGCAAAGUAGCUAGGCCUACUCUAAACCAGAUAUGGCUGAAAUAUAUAGGCUAUCAUGAUCAUUUUGCCAACAAUGAUGUAGAACCAUGGAUUUUCUCAGUUCAUGACAUGUUUUGUUUGAACUUAAACCAACAUAAAGUUCUAAUUUUGACUACAUUAUUUAGUAUAGGCCUACUUGAUGAUAAUAUAUAGCCUGCCCCCUUACAGUCCUCUAGUCUUGUACAAUAGCCUAGUGAACCAUAUAGGCCUAUUGGUAUUGAUGCUGAUUGAAGAGGUUGCUUGAAGGUUGUUGAUAUUUAUUUAAGUUCCAUAGAAAAUCAAAUUGCACCACUCCCUCUCCUUCCAAAGUAACAUGUCCUACACCUCUCCUCCUACAAUAAAUCGUAGGCCUGUUAUACUGUAGGCUACUAUGCCAGGAUUGUGUAGGCUAGGCAUCAUAGUUUUACAAUUGCGCACACACUGAUGGAGAGCUAUAGGAUUAAAAUGCAGACUGUGCCUUUAAAUAGGCUACUUUUCCACUAAAAACUUUAUCUCAAUAUUAUGUACAAGACUGAUGUUUGCCAAGCAUGCCAAAGUCUUAAUCUCUUAGUAGCCUACUAUCAUCAUACGUUUUCGCAUAGUAGCCUACUACUACUAUCCCGAAAUAUGUUUUGAAUGACAUGGGGCGCACGGAGGUGAACGGCUGGACAAACGCGAAAUGACAAGGUGCUAAACAAUUUAGUAUACCUGUAGACAGGCUUUGUGGUUAAAAUGAUGAAAACCAGUAGGCCUAGGCUAGUCUGGCACAGUUUCAAGCACAGUAGCCUACACUAUAGUUUAUACGCACAGAAAAUAAAAGUCAAUAUAGGCUAUCAGCAUCACAAGAUUGCAGUCAUUAUCGGAAAAUCCUGACAAGUCAAACUGGACGCGAACGCGAGCAAAAAGCCAACAAAAAAACCAACUUCCUAAAUUAUGUAUUUUUAAAUAAAUAAUUUGACCUUUACCGUUUCAUGGCUUCUGCUAAGAAACAAAUAGCCUAGUGCAUCACACACAUCGAACACAUCGAUCAAACAUUCUUCAGAACGCAGAUCAACCCGUCUGCUUUCACUUUCAAUGAAAUCCACUAGAUAACGGACAAAGUUUGCAAUGAGUGAUAGCCUAUGAAUGAAAGAAGCACCAACCCCGCCGUAAUUGUCAGCGGACUACAUAGCAAUGAUGUUAGGCUACAGCAAUUUAUACAUGACGGGCCGCAAAUAAAUAACUUGAACAUUCUGCCAUAAAAAAAAAAAAAAAAAAAAGAAUCUCGGAGUCCACCGGCCCACAUGUGCACCGGCCCACCGGGCAUUUGCCCGACUGUACAGAUUGCCAGUCCGAGCCUGGACUUCGCUUAAACUGAAUAUACUGUUGCAAGUUCACUUGAGUAUAAACUACCCACUUUAACUAAGGUCACUAUAAUGUUAUUCAGGUAAUUGUCACUUCAGAGACAUUACACUUCUCCAUGUUACCUUAGCUAGGAGGCUAGCUAGCUCGCUAGUAACCAGACAGUAACUGGCAGCAGCAUUGUCUGAUAUUAAGUUAUUUUCUUAACAAAUCCAUGCACUGACAAUUACACUAGGCGACCAUGUUAGAACACUGCACAGAGUCGUUAAAACGAUCAACCAUCUGUGCAACAAACUGCGUCCAGCUAGGUCUCGUUAUAACUGCAGUUCAAAUGGCAUGCUAAUCGCGAUUAGCAUUUCGCUAAUUGGUUUUAACUUUGCAGAGCUGUUUAAUACUGAUUGCAAGGCAGUGAAAAGUAGGCUAAUUAAAUGCAUGGUCCUAGCAGAAGGACCAUGGAGUGGAGAGUGUCUUGUGUUACUAUUAUCGUUUAUCGCAACUCAUAUUGAGCUAGCAAGUCAAGCAGUGCAUAGAUAAAACUGGUGGCUCUGGUCAAGAUCCCCGAGCUUCCUUGCGCGCAUAACGUCAUUUAUCUGACCUGUUCACGUGACAUUUUAGUAUCGAUUAGUCCCGAGUAGACCCACCUCUGAAACAGCUACGAGUAGGUACUAAAAAUAGUAACUGCUCCACCAGCUAAUCCGCAGUCGAAAUGCUCCCAAACAGGGUAGAGUCGCACCGAGCCGUUAGCCUGACGACGUCAUACUCAAUUGACCCUUCCAGAAGUCCCGCCCUCCAUAGUUACUGUUGCUACGCCUGUCAAACUUUCGCACCUUGCCCGUCUAUUACAAUGGAGGAGACACGGGAUUUUUUAAACAAAUGUAAUUUACAAAGACAUCGCACCACACUGAAAGCUCAUAUUUGGUCACUAGCGAGCUACAUCUGUCCUCUGUCAACUACAGUUGCAUUUUCAGCUCUGAACAAAACCGUUCAUGAGUUAUUUAAGCAAAAGUCGAAGGUACGCGUUGUUUUCGAUGGUUCCUCCAGGCUAGUACGAAUGAAACGGGCGGGGGACAAAACUAGCAUAACGUUUUAAGCUAUACUUCCAUAACGUCAAUAUUUGACAACAUAACAUGAUUGGUACUUCAACUAGGUAUUAUUUUAGACAGAAUUGCUGACGGGCUAUACAUACGUCUCGUUGAAUGUCUGUUAAGAACUUUUUGCCGCCAUCGUGAAACGUAUCUCGCGGUUAUGGAAAUAUCACGCAAUAUGCAAAAUGUAAAAUUAGAAAAAUACGUAUUUCAAACUAUAUCAUGUCUUUAUAGUUCAACAUGUUAUUUCACCGUGAUUUCACGUGUUUGGGGGCACCACACAUCCAAAUAAAUGCCCUUAAUGGCCCACAGGCUAUGCAGUCUCCAUAGGUUAACAUGGCAAAAACUCGAAAGCUUGCCAGGCCUUGCUUGCCUAGUUACGGGUUGCUAAGCCACGAUUGGCCUGUGGCGGUUUUAGGGCGUGGCUCUGGAAGGGUCAAUUCUUAUCAGAAUAUGAGUCUGAAACUGCUCCAUUCAGCUGCGAUUAUGGGGCGUGAUUCAACCGAUACAGUGCGGGGGGGAUAGCUCUGCACUCAUUGGAUAGACCAAACCAAACAGAACAAGUUAUUGGCUGUCAGUAUCUGCGAAAUCUAAGACAGAAAUAUGUAGCAGGGUAGGCUAUGGAAAACAUCCUCCUUCGUUUUUAAAAAUAAUCCCUUCAAACUGUAUGCAAUGAACAGCUGGGGAAGUGUGUCGUUAACCCAACGAGCAAACAGACAUUUUUAAACAAACGGGAACAACAUCACCCAAACAUGCUGUUUUAACUGGGUGAAAGUGAAACUGAAGUUUUCCCACAUAUCCUCGUUGGUCUAAGUGUUCAGAAAUAGUUGUGCGAUUCCGUGAUAACACCUCCGUUUCAAUAGCUAAGAUAAACGAAAGGCCAAACUGCAUGAACAAAUUAUGCAUUCAUAGCCAUAGCGUUUCUGUUGCAAUCAAAAUCAACCUAAGCGAACAUGGUCUCACACCCAACUCGUUGAACGAGGACGCAUGCAGCCGUGAACGUCACUGCUGUUCAUAUGUCAAUCAUCACGUAAAGCCCGCCCUGUGAAAUGUGAUUGGUCCGGGCCGAAGUGUAUCUCGAAUAGUAGCAGCUGAACGGAGCAAUGCCAGACCGAAGUUCCCUGCAGAAAAAGAAUGGAGGCGGGGCUAAACUUCGGUCUGGCAUCCAGGCUACCGAGCCGUACCGUACCGUUACGAAAAUGCCCAGUGGAAAGACGCUAUAAGAUUAGACCCCCGCCAUCUCGGGUAGGACGUUCAUCGGGUACCCCAGCGGACGACACCUCACUCUCUCUAUUGUCUUGACUGUCAGCCUGAAACUUUGUUUUCGCUGUACUAUCAUUGCAAUAUUGGGAAUAAAGAUCAACAGUCUACAGAAGUCUCCUGUCUAUUGUCUCCUACGGACGCUAAUUGCUCCAGAGUGCUAUUUAUUAUAUAGUUAAGUGUUAAGUAUUAAUUAGUGAUAAUUGGAUUCGCAUAGUGGAAAAAUUUUCCACGACAAAAUUGGAGAUUCUCGACAGAGAUAUUGAAAAGGACUUAUCAAGAAAACAGUGACCGCCCCGGGUGAAGCAGGUCUCAGCAGCCGGUUCUCCAAGGGCCCUAAAAACAAGGUUAGCAAUUUUUGCUUAAACGGCUCAAUUUGGAAGAGACCGAAACUGGCAAGAAUAGAGCUGGUGAAAUCUCUUUAUGUGAGAGUGAUUUUGCGCAAAGAACUUCAUGAACAUGUUUGGUAUAGGGUCCGUGUAUAUUUUGGUAAUUGGAUUUUCUGUUUUUGAAUGGGAAUUAAAAAACAAAAAACGACUGGUUUGUUUGAUUUUCGUUUUAAAGCCCAAAACCAACAAUUGAAAAACGCAGCAUUUUUCUUUCAUUUUUAUUUUUUAAUUACACUUUAAAAAAUGAAAUUCAAAGUCAACACAAACGGAAAAACGGACCAAAAACAAGCAUUAUUCAUUUUUGAUUUUUGUCGCACCGGAAGUCAGACAGGAGCACAUGUCAUGGUCCAACCGGGACUGAAGAGGAGGACUAGCAUAGCAUCGACGACUACAGCAGUGAGUUGGAGAAAUAUGGAUCAAGUUCAAUACAAUUUAUUCAGGAAGAGUAAGCGGGUAAGCUUGCGUGAAGAGGACAUGACGGUCCUCAAGUUGAGCAGGAUCUUUCAGGUCUCCGUUGACAGUCUGUACCUUACAGACGACGCCAAUGUGGCGAUAUUUGCCAGCGAUUCGUCAGGAAUGUUCAGCUCACUGGACCUGUGUCCAAGGGGGCAUUAUGAAGUCCACGGGGAGGACGAUGUCGCCGCCCCAGGAUCAAGUACGGGGCAACGCUUUGCCUUCUCAAGGCCUCCGACUAGUACAGUGACCAGUGGCUCACUGCUGGGUGCCGCUGCUCUCCCCAGAGCCUCAAACAAAACGUUUCAAAGAUCCGUGUACCUCGCUGAGGCUCUUAGCGGCAAGCUCAGUGUGAGCCGGAUGGUCAUGGUGAGAUUUUCGGAAGCUGAGGCCUCUCCUCAGGGGAUCGCUGCCAAAGUGAAGGAAGCCAUUGGGAGUCCGGAGAAUUUGAUUUUGACGGAUUCUCAGGGGAAUGCUAUUGUGGAAUCGGAGGGAACAACAGGGUCACCUUAUUGGAGACAAAAUGCCAGAAAAGUUCUUGCUGUCCCAGAAAAAGACUUCACAGACCUGCAGGGCACCAAGAGGAGGAGAAUGAGCCGGAAAAACGAAGAGGUUGGAGGCAUUGCCGAGGUCACAGAAAAAAUUGAAGAGCUGGUUCUUGCAUCUCAGAGUCUCCCGGAUGUUACAUCAGCAAUCAGGGAGCUCACCGAUCUGGCUGCAGUUAAAAGACUGACCCUGACUCAAUCACAGCUACAGGCCAUUAAGCAUGGGUUCUCUUGUGCUAUUUGCUUGAAGUUGAUGACAGAUCCAAUCUUCACGCAGUGUUGCCAAACCCUCAUUGGCUGCAAAACUUGCGUGGAGGAGUGGCAUAGGAACUCCGACACCUGUGCAAAAUGUAGGGGAAGUGUUGAAGGAGACAGCAUGUUUGAAGUUAAGGGCCUAUCAGAGGCACUGUCUGUCCUGAGGUCUCUUUUUGAAGAGGAGUAAUAUGUAUUUGUUUACUCGCAAACAAGUAUUUUUAUUUUGUUUACCGAGUAUCGAGUGAUACAGAGUGUUUUUAUUUUGAUUUUAUUUUGUUUACCGAGUACUGAGUGUUUGUUGUUUUUAUUUUGUUUUAUUCUUUUUACGUGGGUCAGAGUUCAUACGCCCACUGCCACUAAUUCCACUCAUUUACAUUCUUAUAUUUUUUACAAAUCCCAACACAAAUGUUUACACAUUGCGCCGAGUUGUGGUAAUGAGAAAGAGAAGCGCCUCUUUGUAUGGUGUGCAAUCAUUGUUGACUGCUCUAGACAACAGUUCAGAAAUGUCAGAAUAUUGUUCUGCAAACUGGUUCUCAGCCAUUAGUUUGUCUUCUUCUGUUAAAAAUGGAUCUACUCCAAAGGUAGAUUGUGGUGUUAGGGUGGAUCCAAGCUGCUGUCUGUAAAGUUCUGCUGCUUCAGCUGAGUGAGGCAACAGCUCCUGUGGGAUUUUUUUGGGACACCCACUGCCAGCCAAGUCGUUUGGUGUUCCUUUUCCUGUAAAAUAAAGAUACUGUUGACAUUGAGA